UGUUUUUCGAAUGGCGAUGGGAGGUGCUUGACUGAGUGGCUCAUACAUUCAACUAUAUCAAACAUCAUUGCUAUUCUGCCAGCUACCUUGUGAAAUUGAAGAUUCUCUCACAUACGCACGUGUAAAGUACCCGAGAAAUAGAGAUCGUCGAUGGAGUUAGCUUUGACUUGACGCUCCGACCAUAAGCAUCAUCGUCGACGUCAUCCCCGCCCCUCUAUUCAUUCAUAACCCAGUCCAGCCUCAAUAUAAUGUCUACUUCAACUACUUGCCUUUUCUACCCACAUUUUCUUCGAGAUACUUCUGUUACACGUAUACGUACCCUCAAAGAAUAAUGUUGCGCACGACUCUAUCUGCUGCUGUUCCUCGACGUUCCGUCGUUGCGGCCCGAUCAUUACACGCAUCUCCCGUAGCGUGCAAGACGGUAACUGAGAAGGUUAAAGAGGCUGCACAUAAUGUUAAUUUAAAAGUCGGGCAGACACUCGCACACGGUCUCGAGAAAGGCGAAGAAGUUACCGAGAAGACGCAACACAUGGCCGGGACUGCAAAGUCCAAGGCUGAAGAGACUGCUGGUACUGCGAAGACGAAAGCCAACGAGUCGGGUGAGGUGGCAAAACAGAAGGCUAACCAGGCUUCGGCUGGGGCAACUCAGGCGAAGGAGGACUUAAAGAAGGAGAUGCGAAAGUAAAGGGAUCGCAGUUCAUAUUUAAUGCACUCCAUUGAGCAAUUAAAUGUAUCAAUAUUCCUCAAUUCCUUUUGACCAAUGCAUGAACAUUUUCAAUCCCAC